UAGGGAUCUACAGCGGACCGGACCUACCGCGGGUGUGGGGCGCGGCAGCGGCGCUGGCAGCAGCGGCCUAUGGCCUGGUUAUAGACGCCCCUCCCUGGACCCAGACCCGCCGCGACCCGCAGGCUCUCCCCAAACGCGCCGGGUCGCGACCCUGGGUGGCUGCGGCGUCCGGGGCUGCGGUCGAUGGUGUGGAGCCUCCGAGCUGGCCUCCGGUGCCGCCCCCUGUGUUUUAAAUGAUGCAUCUCCUGGGAGGAUUUCUACCGGUUGGCCGGAGCAGGAAGUGUCGUCAGGAGGCCAUUUUUAAAGCCUCGGAGGGCUGUUGGGCAGUUUCGGGCCAGGGAAACAAUGCGAAACAAUGAACAUUUCUAAACCAAAAGGGAAAAGCCAAAGGAGAGAAUGAAAGAAAACGUUCAAGGGCUGUUGUGGCAGCGCUUGCUGACUGCCCCAGGGUUCUGGGUGUGGAAGCGGGGCCUGGACUGGAGGCUGCCUGGGCCGGGCGCCUGAGAAGACACGGAAGAGCCCCUUCGACCUGCUUCUGACUCCCAUCUGUAGCACGACAGCUCCAGGCCAGAAGUCAGAACUGCCCGGCACGGUGGCGCCACAGAGGCUGUGACUUCAGUCCUCAGCCUCGCACAGUGAUUAGCAGAAAACAAAGGAUUUAGAUUAGACACCAGCUGACCAACUCCAUGACCUUAAGAAAGCCAGCUUCUCCAGAUCUGUUUUCGUACAAGAAGCGGGCGAUUGAAGAUGUACUCGGAGGAGUAUUGAGUCCUAGGAGGUUGCGUGCAGACGUUUUGCAACCGCGGUGUGAAUUUGGACGGCUGGCGAACAGCGACGGUGAUAGUCGUUUAUUGGACGCCAUCUCAGUGUCAGCGUGGCCUGGAAUAGCAGAGAAUCGGAAAAGCCAUGUUUCAGGACCGCGCGCCUGUGUGGUGGUAUUCGGGAAAAGCUAACUAAGCAUGCUCCCAGGAGGUAACUGCAUGGCUGCCAACCGCCAUUUGUUGAAGGCUGCCUCUGAAGGACUCUAUCAUGCCAAGUCUUUCUGGAUCCCAGUGGACUCUGUUAAGAAAUGCAAAUAAAGAAGAUGAAGGAUAUUGGACAGCAGUUGUUCAGCGCACAAGUGAAUGAUGGACACAGUUCUUUGACCAUGUCGCCCAGACAACCUAACACUAAUAGAGCCACUCGGCCAGACAGACAAGAAGCCCAGACGCCUUUGUACCAGGGCUCAGAGGCGGAGGCCGCCCUGGUGACCACCGCCACGUGUGUCAAGUGCAAAAGUGUUCACCAUAUCUCCCCUCAGGAUUUGAGGAAGGGGCCCGGGCAAAGCAAGGAAGACAGAUACGUGUGCUUCCAGUGCAGCCUUGGGGUGGCUUCUCCCCACCUGCCUUUCGGGAACAGUAAUCCCAGUGCUGCUCACAUCGGAAAUAAAGCCGAAACUAUCACAAGCCCCAGCAAUAACAAGUUUAAGGUAAGGAACUUUAAACCAGGCAAGUACUAUUGUGAUAAAUGUCGCUUUUCCACGAAGGACCCUCUGCAGUACAGGAAGCACACGCUUCAACACGAGGAGAUCAAGUUCAUUUGCUCUCACUGCAGCCACAUUUCCUACACGAAGGGGGAGUUUCAGAGGCACUUGGUGAAACACACGGGCAUAUUCCCUUACCGAUGUGAGUACUGUGACUAUGGUGCUAUUAGAAAUGAUUACAUCGUCAAACACAGGAAGAGAGUUCACGAGAAGGCUGGUGGAAAACGGCUGCCCAAAGUUGUCACCAAGCUGGAACCGAAAAGGACCAGCAUGUCAAGACAAAAUGCAGAGCUUUUAAAAGCCUCCGAUCCCGGCUCCGCACUGCAGAGCAAGUUGUCAGAUCAGCUUUCAAGGUUCUCCCUCCAGACAAACAAAGACAAAAUGCACAACAUCACGUUGGUACCUGAAUUGAAGGAAUACCAAAAGGACGUGGUGUGUGUUCCAAAUAAAGGGACCCUAUCAGAGCCAAAUGAAGUCGGUGUGUUCGAGAACAAAAGUGUGGAGGUGGAAGUGUUAUCCCCAGCCACAGAGCCCGUUCAGCCCGGAAUGCCAUUGACCGUGGUGGCACCAGCAGAACUCGUUGUCCCUGCAAACUGUUUAGCCCAGCUGAUGGAUGUGAAGGUUGUCAAUGGAACACAGCAGCUUGUUCUGAAACUAUUUCCUCUGGAAGAAAAUAAUUGCCUAGAAGCUGGUGGGGGUGAUGGAGGUCAUUCUGGACGUAAGACUAAAGAGAAGGGCUCAAAUGAACAAGAAAAAAUGGUUUCUGCCGAACAAACCAAGGCUCUAACGAUUGAAGGGAAUGUUGGAGAAGUUGGAGGCCUUGAUAACCUUCAGUCAGUUCAAAAACAAGUUAAAAACGUGAAAUGGAUACGGUCUUACGAUAUGUUCAUGUCAAAUUCCAGUGUGUACAGCUGUGCAGAAUCCCUUCUCAACCCGGCUAGAGCUGAGGAUUCGCAGAAAAGAAGUCAUAUUUAUCCACACAGAACUGCCCUGCCUCCCGCUGCCCUGAAAGAUCAUUCUCCAUUAUCUAUAGUGAAAAACAGUGUUUUACGUAGUCUUGGCACCGCAUCCAAUCCUUUUCCAUAUAAGGCUGCUGUUUCUUUUACGGAAGGCAGAAAACGUUUGCACAGUGACCCACAGCAGUGUUUUCCUCUUGCGGCGUCACCUACAACCAUUUCUUUCUCUGGAGAAAAGGGCCGUUUGCCCAUAAGUAAAAAUGACUUGGAAUCCAGAAGCGAGAUCAGUAUUCCUGUAAGAAUGGUUCCGUCUACUAGGAAGCCAAAAGACAACCAGACAGAGGAAUACAAAGCAGUUGCAAAUACAGGCCAGAUUUCCUCUCAACAUAAAAGUGAGUAUUUACACAUAAACAUAACGGGAGAAGAUAGAACCAGAUCUCAACAACCUGGGGAUAAACCUUUGGCGUUAAAGAAUUCUGAAAGGACUAAUGACUCUUUCGAUGGCCCCGUCAUCUCAUCAGUAUUUUCUCUGAGCUCUGGAUCUGAAGACGUCCCUGAGGGCGUUAAGUGGAAUAGCUCAACUUCCAAAAUAAAGUCAAUUGAACUCUUGCGUAGAAAGAUUGCUCAGUUAAUUGAGUCCUGUGGCAAACCUUCAUCUCUGGCUGCAAAUAAUGCACAGCGUCGUUCUGUAGGGCAGGCAUCGAAGGUAACUUCGAAAGCUACCCCAAAAGAAAUUAAUGUGCCGUGUACUGGCAAUGGCUAUUCCACAGGUACUCUCUCAAAACCUCAGGAUGAUGUUGGUAUUAGUGGACGGCAAAUAUAUCCACCGUUUGUAGAAGGCAGCAAUGGGAAAACCGAAAGCCGAGUAACCAGGAAGGCUCCUGUUGCUACUCCAGUGUUGAUCCCCAAAGGGGCAGUGUUGAGGGUUCUUAAUUCUUCCAAGGAUGCCCACAUCAUAGAGGCUACAUGUGAAGCACCUGUCAGCAUCCCUUGCAGUGAGACACAGUUAAUAAAACCCAUUCCACUCCAUCCAAUGAAGCCGGUGGACUCAGACUUACAGGCUUCAACAAGUGAAAGUGGGCCAAUAGACAUGUCCCAUAACCUUGACACAUCCCUUCGGCCUAAACCAAGAAAAGAGAGUGCUGUUUAUAGCGCUACCCUGAAAAAAACUGGCUCCCUGCACAGUCAGCAAGGAAGCAGUGAAUUGAGUAAGCAAGGGAAAAUGCUUUCCAGAAGUCUUCCUAUAAAUAAAAAUAAAGCCAGGCAUAUAAAUUCAUCCAAGAAAAAAGGCAAAAUUCAGGCUGAUCCCAGCCGCUGUUUCAAGGAUCCCUCGAUUUUUCAGGUUGCAAGACAGCUUCGACUAAUAGCGGCCAAACCAGACCAGUUGAUUAAAUGCCCCCGUCGGAACCAGCCUGUCAUCGUGUUAAACCAUCCUGAUGUUGACUCUCCGGAAGUGACCAAUGUGAUGAAGGUAAUAAACAAGUACAAAGGCAACGUCCUCAAAGUUGUCUUAUCAGAGAGGACCAGGUGUCAGUUAGGCAUCAGAAGGCAUCAUGUUCGGCUGACCUACCAGAACAUGGAGGAAGCCAAUCAAAUAAAAAGGCAAAUGAUGUUGAAAAUGAAACUUAAAAAAGUCCAUAAAAACAACUACCAGGUGGUGGAUUCCUUGCCUGAUGACUCUCAGUGUACAUUUAAGUGCUGGUUUUGUGGACGUCUGUAUGAAGACCAGGAAGAGUGGAUGAGUCACGGCCAACGGCAUUUGAUAGAAGCAACUAGAGAUUGGGAUAUUCUUUAUUCCAAGGGUAAAUAAGUGAAAAAUUGGUGUUUGAAGUAAAUUGUUUUUCAUUUAGUUUAUUCUGGUUAGGUUUGGGUUUUGUUUUUUAACUCCCAUCCUUGACUCAAUAGGAGAAACACAGGUUGUAGGAAUGCAAGCAAGCAUCAUUAGUUCUUCAGAUCCCUUGUAGGAAUGUUGAGAACCAGGAGUCUGGUUUUACCUAAAUAUGUGAGCGAAACUUGGAAGGUAUUUGAAGCCUCUGAGAGUGUACGCACAAGUUUAUGGACGUAAUUUUGUUCUAGAGAAGGGAAACUUUCAGCAGAUUCUCAGUGGGAUCUGGGAAUUUUGUUCAGCACCCCUUGUCCUGAGCAGAUACAAAGCUCUUGUAAUCCAUUCAGGGGUGAGUUGAGAGUGUUUUACACAUGCCCAUAUAACAAAAUGCUACUGAUGAGUUAAAUCCAUGUUUGGUGUGCGCACACACAUACACACACACCCCCCCCCCCUUUUUUUUUGGCGCAAUAGCUUGUCUUUUGAAUAUUUGGUACCUAAUAGAAAUUAUAUUUUCUACUCCAAUUUGGUGACAGAAAAGUGGCCAUUCUUUUGAAUCCCUUGGCCUCUCUAUGACCCGUAUGUUCUUUAUAACACAGAUCUGUGCGUUUUCAAAAAAUGUUUGAAAGAGUGAUUGUAAGGAUUUGCCUGAAUUUGCUACUUCAACAGCUGGUGUUAGGGAAGAAAGAAAACAUUUUCAAGCCUUUGGGUUCUUUUUAAGUACAGUAUCUCAAUUUGUGAUGAUUGGAGAAGGAAUGUGCCUUUUAGUAAAAUAGAAAAAUUGUCAGAGGGAAAAUACCUGAAAAGAAGUCUCCUGUUUGCCCUUACCCCUCUCACAAAUUAACCAAUUAAAAAUGUGAACGAAGAGGCUUCUUACAAUAGAUUAAACCUGGGGAGGUAAUGCAGGGCCGGAGCGUAGAGACCGUUGUGACUUCAGCCUGGCCGAGUUUUCCCUUGGAAACUCACCCACAGAUGGGGGUGAAGACUGCACGCCGCCCAUCGCUCCUGGCUCACGGACACUGCCCCCCGGGCUGUGCCACUUUUCUGAGCGGGCCCACCUGUGGAAUAACUCCCCACUCACUUCCUGUCCCUUUCCUUUUGUGCCUUUGAGGCCCAUAAAGAUUUCCCUCGUGAAGAUCCUGAAAACGGGCAGGAAUCAACUAAAUGGAAGCAUCCCACCAUCUUUGAUAAGGUUAUAGGAACACUAUCCCAGCUUUUCACUGAUAGUAACCACCCCCUUCUGAUUGACCUUAGCCACAGUCACACUGUCCCCGUUGCUCACUUUUCCUGGGAAGCAACUCCAAGAACACUCCUGCUCCCCUCUCCUGCCCGAUGUCUGGACGUUUGCCAGGCUGCACAGCACCUUAGCGUGCAUUGGGAAACGCCCGCCCUCCGCACCAUGGCGCCUCUCGGGCAGUCAGUCAGUUGGCAGGUGGGGCUCGGACUGCAUCUUAGUCCUCCCUUGCCCACUCCACUGGGCUCCAACCACCCUGCAGGACGCCAGUGACCCAGCCACCAGGAGCUUGGCACUUGAGUGUUAUUCGCUGUAGGCACUGCCUUAAGGGCUGUGCUGGUGUAGUGACCACAGCUGGGCGCUCUUAUGUCUGAGUGAGAUUUCUGUCGCGCCGGGGAGUGAGAGACUCGGUUUUUUCCCCCACGUGGGAAAGUCUUAGAUUAUCCUCUCAUAGGUGGGAUUGCAAUUGUUCUUGGUCAUCAUUUCUCAUUACAGGUAGUUAACAUGUAAUUCAGGACAUGAUCUUUGAGUUGAUUAAUUGGUUGAUUUUUGUUGAAAUUGAAACUUUGGAUUUUUGUAUGUGUAUAUAUGUGUAUGUACACAUAUUAAUAUUUUUUACCAUAUGAAAACUGUAGUAGCUAAUUUUCUGAUUUCCUAUUUUAUAAUGAAAUUAGAUGAGUUAGAAAAUAUAAAAUGUUUUGUAUUCUAGAAAUAAUUUAUUUUGGAAGUACCUUUUUAUAAUAGUCUGGUCUCACUUUUAGAAAAUGAAAGCACAGUGAGUGUGGGUCUGAUUUGUAUGAACAAACGGGAGCGGACGCCCCGCGGACCCUUUCAUGGCAGUAUUUGGUCCCCACGCAUUUCCAGUUGGUGCUUUUUGGGAAAUGGAGCUUGCGGACGACUUCACUACAUAAAGGAGGCCAUUCUGAAGCUUUGUCCACGUGUGCACCUGCACCCCUCCGACAUGAAAGGAGCCUCCUGCGGUAGGACGAGGAGGAGAAGAAAAGGCUGUGAUUUGGAAUUUUUUUUUUCCCUCCUAUACCUCACUACUUAGCAGCAUCUCUCCUGAAAGCGUUGACCGUGGCCCUUCAGGAGAGAUGACCGCGACAGGUCAGAGUGCUCAGUGUCAACAUAAAAUAUCCACACUUUGCAGCAACAAACUCUUCUUCAAGUAUUACCUGAAACAGUCCAUGUACUUGUACAGAGCUAACUUUUGUGGGUAGAAUAUGUAGCUAAGCUUCGGGGGAUUUUCGGAAUGACAGUACUUGUUAAGGAACUGAGAGGGCUCCUGGGAGUCAUAAAAAGUGAGAAAAAGUGGCUGUCGGCCCUGGGCGACGGGCGUUAGGAAAUAGCUUGUAACGUGUAGGUGAGUGUCAAGAAAUGAGCCGUGUCAUCAUUUCUAACAAAGUUGGAGAAGGUAGCAGAACUGUGUUGAGUAUUUGUGUGCUCUUUGUUGCAAUGAUUUUGAAGGACCUGUACUCCCUAAAUUGUAUUAAUUGCACUUACUAAUGAAAGUCAUUUUACGCUUAUUUUUUAAAGUAGAUUUUCUUUUGGGGGAGCAGAAGUGAGAUGCUCUUGUCAUACUUAGGAUAUGACCAAGAGUGGAAGUUUUUUAAAAACUAAGGUUAUACUUUACUCACAUGUUUAUCCCCAAGCCCCAAACGGUUUUGUGAAGCCCUAUGACGAGCCAAGUGCUGUUGAACUAAACCGGACACAGUGUGUGAGCCCUCAGAAGCCCCACCUCUCUUGCUCUGGGACCUACUGUCGAGGCGCCCCAGAGAGCGAGCGCGAACUGCUGCUCGGCCUUUCAAAUAAUAUUUGAAUCUGUCAGUGUCAACAUGAGCAAAAAAAUAAAACAUUUCAUAACCUGUUCUAAGCGUUACUAGAGGUCCUGUGUUAACAGUUCGUGUGCCUGCUGCUCUGUUUUUGAAACACAUUUAUAUAUAGAAG